ACAUGGAUUAAUCCUUUAAAAAAAUCAUAUAAGUACAGAAUUAGAAAUAGAAACUUCCCCACUAUUAUUAUAAUUCAAUCAGGCAAAAGAAAAAAAAACUACGAGAAUCAAUCCGAAAUAAAUCAACCUACACGUUGAAGAUGAGAAAAAAUAAACAGCACACUUUCUAUCUUUUCGAUUUCCCCGUAAUAAAAAUCAUCGAGUAAUUGUUUUACCGUUACGCGAACGAUAGUGAUAGUGCCAAUAAAGCAUUAAAACCAAUCGAUUACGUCAUUGAAUUUAAUAGUUUGUGGAAAUUCCCUUUAACUGGAAAAAUUAUCAAAUGGACCAAAAACUCCUUCGGUAGGGGAGUUCGCGAGUUUUCGAAAACAACAGCGGCGCUUAGAUAAAUGUUAUCAACGUUCGACUCGCUCAGUUUAUUUCAACGUUUCUUGGCGCAAUGAUGUACACGUGCUUCUAAAGCACUCUCAACCGGCAUUGUUAUUUUUUACGUUUGUUUAUUUUCAAUUUCUUCUUUUGUUGCGGUUUUGUUUUCGUAUUUCUUUCUUCUUUUUUUUAUAAAUGAAACUCGAGUGAAUUUUUAUUAAAAUCGGAAAAUUUUGUUCGUCAAUUUUUUUGUUUUGUAAUAUAUGGUUCAAGCGAAUUUUAUCAGUUCACCAAGGCAAAUAUACAUGAAGCAAUAUGGUCACCAGAUACAGAUUCGAAUAUAAAGAGACCACCACAAAAACAACAAAAGCCGAAAAAUGCAGAGAGAGCAGCGUAUUACACAAAGUACCCGAAGUGAUAUUAGAAAAUGUUAAUCUAGUCGAAGAAUACAAUUUGUUAAAAGUACUCGCAGAGGGCUACUACGCCAAGAUAUUUCUAGCCGAGAAUCGUCGUACAAACACCACCGUCGUAUUAAAAGCCAUCCACGCAGAACUAACCACUUUAAAAGAUUUCUAUCGCGAAUAUCAUUACAGCUAUCAUCUCAGCCCACAUCCUAACAUUUUAUCAACGUACGCUGUGGCUUUCAAAGCUGACGACUUUUACAUAUUUGCUCAAGAAUACGCACCUUUCGGCGACUUGGCCGGCACAGUGAAAGCGGGCGGAUUAUGCGAAGAUUUCUGCAAGAAAAUAGCUUCGCAGUUAUGCUCGGCGCUUGAUUUUCUACACUCUAAACAACUAGUCCAUCGUGACGUGAAACUCGAAAACAUACUGGUAUUCGCUUCCGAUUUUUCCAAAUUGAAAUUAUGCGAUUUCGGCGAAACUCGUAAAGAAGGUACGCAAGUGAGUAAAGUAAAAUGUACAUGGCAGCCAUUUCUACCUCCAGAGCAAUGCGACGCUUUACGAAACGAAAAAUUCACCUGUAGACAUUACUCGGACUGUUGGCAAGCUGCGAUCGUGCUGUUUGUUUGCGCAACAGGCAAUACUCCUUGGCAAAUAGCGCAAUUGGCUUCGAAUCCAGAUUACAUGAAUUUCGCCAAAUGGCAAAAAAGACGAACAACCAAGGUACCCGGUCAAUUCAAGAAAUUCACCCCUAGAUUAUUAAGAAUGUUCAGAAGGUUACUUGCUCACAAAGCCGACGAUAGGGCGGAAAUAACCGAAGCUUUCAAAUACCUCAAAGAUCCUUGGUUCGUGACAAAAUCUGGUCAAAAUACACCCAUCGAAAGGAAGAACUCGGAGGAUAUUUAUUUCAACGCCGACUUAGACGACGACGACGAUAUUCACAUCGAAGUCGACGAAAGUAAAAUCAAAAUGGCUAAAAUGCUCAGCAACUAUGGUCUAGAGACGACCGUCGAUCAGAGAACCAUGACUAAAAGGCUUCACGAAUGGGUGCUGUCUUGCGAAACUAGUUAUCAUUACGAUCCAAACGAAGAAGACAAUUAUCAAUUCGCGUAAAUAUUUUAGAGAAUUUUCAAUCCGAAUCGGGUAAUCAGGGUAUCGAUUAAAUUUUACGCAGUUUUUUUUUAUAUCCUAAUACCCGUUACGUUUAUCAAUAUAUACGCCAUUUUGUUCGAUAUUCUAUUCAAAUAUGGAAAUUUUAUAACGUAAAAAUUCCUUCCAUCAAUUUUCAAAUCCAUUCGUUUUAUUCAAAUUUAUAACGCAAACGUAUUUUCAUUUCGUAUCUACGCUUCAUCUCUCUUUUCGCUAAUAAAAUUAAAUUUCCUUUUAAAAAUACGACACAAUUUCAACAAUUCUGCGACAGGUUUUUUCAUUGCUAUUGAGCUACCUUUCUUUUCUUUUUUGAAAAAUUCAUUUCAUCGUGAGACGUAAAUUUCCAUUUCAAUUUUGGUCAAUUAUUUCGUAACUUUAUAUUCGAGAAUUUUUUUUAUACUAGUACACCAAAGUGAACAACUCGAAUGAAAUGCAUGAAAUUUCACCCAGUCAACCAAUGAGGAAGUAGUUAGAAGUAAACAUCACAGCUCAAAAGAACAUUUUGACAUUUUGAUCCUUUGAAAUCAAUUUAUAGCACACAAUGGUUCAGAUCCAAAUGUGAGGUAAUCGAAAAUUUAAUUACAUAUCAUAUUUAUGACAAAAAACAUCAGGGUAAGAGAGUUUAAAUAGUUCAAUCCAUUUUGUGAAAUUAUUCAUGCCCUAUAAUAAAAAUUGAGCCCAAAAUAGAAGUAAAAAGGAAAAAAUUCAAAAAAAAAAUAUUCAAAAAAUGUUGGUUUUUGAAAAAAUUUUAAAUGGGGGGGGGGGUGUUUAUAAUUGCAGGAAAAUUCUGAUUUUACCAAUUUUUAAAAUUCCUUACAUGUACUCAACCUCGACACAAAAUUCCAGGUCCACUUUUCAAAGCAAAAACCACGAUCUACGCUCAAAUUGUUGUCUUUGAAAUUUGAAAGAAGUAUUUUUUUUCAAAAUCUCUCCACAGGCUUUUUCUGUUUUCGAACUAAGUAAAGCCCUCGUUAAAUCAAAUUUCACUCAUCUUUAGAUGUAUGACCCCCCCCCCCCUCCUACCCCAAAGAAAUGAUUUAAUUUCCUUUUUUAUUUUGGAAGGACAAUCAAAACGCAGGCGAAAUAUGCGCACUUCUGAUCACUCCCUCGUAAACAGGGACUUACUUCAUAUCACUGAAAUGAAUCAUUCGAACAUUCAGCGUACCUAGAUCUUACUCUUAGGCUUUCUAAAAGCCUUUUUCUUAAAGUUCCCAAUUAGGCAGAACGUAGGCCAUUAGUUCUUUUCCAUUCCUCGCGAUAGUUUUAUUUUAAUUUAUAAGAUGAAAACCUAGUUUUUAAGCUCGUUGUACAUAUAAUUUUCCAUUUUGAUAAUUUUAAUUAUUUUUUUUCGUUUGUUUUGUUAUUGAACUCGUACGAUGUAUUAUCGAUGUACAUAAACGUUGAAUAUGCGACCUAUUAUUGUAUAAGAUUUGAUACGUUCCUAGAAGUAAUAUUGAAUUUGUACUUUUUGAACAUAUUUAUACGUAUUUUUGUGCCGGUGGUAAUAUAAUGAUAAUUACAUUGUACUUGGCUUAUAAGUAUAUAAGUAUUACAAAUUGUAAAUAAUAAAUAAAUUUGUGAUAUUCA